GUCGGAACACGGAACAAACAAAGGUCGCGUCGCCCAUGACUCGGAACGAAGAACGCAAGCAAGCCUCUCUGACCUGGCCUGCUUGCGGAGCAGCCAGCAGCGAUGUGGGCCAGCAACGACGGCCAGCGCUGGACGAGGGCGCUGGAUCCUGCCGAGAAGAAGCUGUCCACCAUCAAUAGUGUCCUCGAUGGCCAGUGCAACAUCUCCUUUCUCGUCGCCAUCGCCGUCGCGGGCCAGCCGCUGUGCGUGGACGCGUUCCGACGUGCAUGGGUGCGCGUCCGGCAGGCCAUGCCCAUCGUAGCCGCCGAGCCGGACUCGGGACAGAUGAUGGUGUACGAGGCUCCAAUCAAAGACGAAGACAUGGGCGCAUGGGUGGACGCAACUCUGCGCUUCGUGACAGCCAAUGAGGGUGAGGCCGACCACCUGCGUGCCUCGUUGAACACGAGGCUCGCGGCGCCCGGCCGCGCCCAGCUCGUCGUCUGCAUCGAGUCGGAGGAGACAGCGACUGUGGUGCUCAGGGUCAGCCACGCAGUUGCCGACGUGACGGGAUGCCAUGCCCUGAUGCGAUGCCUACUCGUCUCGCUCCUUGCCCGCGAACAUGACGGCAACGAUGACGACGGCGGCGGCAGAUGUGUAAGUCUUGGCGGACCAGCCGCACUCCUGCCGCCGUCCACGCGGUCCUGGCUCGAGGCCUGCCACGGGCCCUACACCGAGGCACAAUUGGCCGAAGGACGACAGGUCGGAGCGCACUUUCGCUCGCUCUUGGCCAUGCGCACCUACGCACUCCCCUACCGCUCCGACUACCGCGACCGGCAGCACGAGAGCGCCUAUCUCCGCCUGUGUCUCUCCGACGGUCUUUCAGCCUCGCAAGUCCGCGCCCGGGCCGCGCGAGCACAGCUGUCGGUGACAUCGAUUGUCAUUGCAGCCAAGCUGCUGGCGAUGCGCGAUCUCUUUGCCCGGGGCGACGAGCAGGGCUUUGUCGUCCAAGUCGCCUUCAACGCGCGCCGCUUCUUCACCCGGCGGCCCACGCCCAACACAACGUGCAGCUCCGUCGUCGGCCUCAUCGCCUGCCCCAACGUCGACGGCCUCGAGGUGCUGGCGCAGCACGUGUCGCGAGAGGUCAAGGCGCUGACAGCGACUCCAAAGGCGUCCUGGCAGCUGGCCGCCGUCAAUGCAACGAUCUCUGCCGACGAGGUGCACCCUCCCGCGACGUGAGUGCAUGCUGGUGUUGGUCGAGUGGAUCAAAAACUGAUGGGUAGAAGAGCGCUCCUGCCAGUCUCCUCAGCGUGUCCUCCAACGGCCUGUCUGACGCCGACGACACGGGCGUGCCCGCGCGUAUGGAGACGGCCGCGGGCCACCUCGAGGUGCGCGACUACAAGCUGGCCAUCCGGCAGCGCCGUUUUGAUCCGUGGGUGGCU